AACACUAGAAGGGCUCCUCUACAGGGCUCAAAGCCCGAGGGCCCUGCCGCUGACCCUGAGCUGCAGGGCCCAGAAGCUCCUACUGGAAGGAUCAAGGAUAAAUGAUAUGACCUGGAAUGAGGGAUUGCAUCUCAGUAGCUAGAAACCCGGCACAAGCCAGAGAAUCCUGCUCGCUGGCCUCUGUGUCCCGGGCCGGAAAGCUGAGCGCCCGGAACCUUUGUACGCGAGCUUCCCAGAACCCGGGCUGUAUUAGGCGCUGCGCGGCGGCUUGCCGGAGCUGGUUGCCAGGGUGACGCCUGAGAAGAUGGCUGCUGCGUCUUCGUCGGAUUCCGACAGCGGCAGAGCUGAGAGCAGUGAAGCCAGUUCGAAAUGGCUGGAUGCACACUACGACCCCAUGGCCAACAUCCACACCUUUUCCGCCUGCCUGGAGCUGGCAGAUUUGCAUGGGGACGGGGAGUACAAGCUGGUGGUGGGGGACCUUGGCCCAGGUGGGCAGCAGCCCUGCCUGAAGGUGCUUAAAGGACCCACAGUGCUGAGCGAAAGCCCGCUACCUGCCCUGCCAGCCGCUGCUGCCACCUUCCUCAUGGAGCAACACGAACCCCGGACCCCAGCGCUGGCACUCGCGUCAGGCCCUUGUGUGUACGUGUAUAAGAAUCUCAGGCCCUACUUCAAGUUCAGCCUGCCGCAGUUGCCUCCAAACCCCCUGGAACAAGACCUCUGGAACCAGGCCAAAGAGGACCGGAUUGACCCCCUGACCCUGAAGGAGAUGCUGGAGGGCAUCCGGGAGAAGGCAGAGGUGCCUUUGUCUGCACAGUCACUCAGGUUUCUGCAGCUGGAGCCGAGUGAAAUGGAGGCAUUUGUGAACCAGCACAAGUCCAAGUCCAUCAGGCGGCAGACAGUCAUCACCACCAUGACCACCUUGAAGAAGAACCUGGCUGACGAGGAUGCUGUGUCCUGCCUGGUGCUGGGCACUGAGAACAAGGAGCUCCUGGUGCUGGACCCAGAGGCCUUCACUGUUUUGGCCAAGAUGAGCCUACCCAGCGUCCCCGUCUUCCUGGAGGUUUCUGGCCAGUUCGAUGUGGAGUUCCGUCUUGCUGCUGCCUGCCGCAACGGGAACAUCUAUAUUCUGAGAAGAGACUCCAAGCGCCCCAAGUACUGCAUCGAGCUGAGUGCCCAGCCCGUGGGGCUUGUCCGGGUUCACAAGGUCCUGGUGGUGGGCAGCAACCGAGACAGCCUGCAUGGCUUCACCCACAAGGGUAAGAAGCUGUGGACAGUGCAGAUGCCUGCUGCCAUCCUGACCAUGAACCUCCUGGAGCAGCGCUCCCGGGGCCUGCAGGCCGUCAUGGCCGGACUGGCCAACGGAGAGGUCCGCAUCUACCGCGACAAGGCCCUGCUUAGCGUCGUCCGGACGCCGGAUGCAGUGACCAGCCUUUGCUUUGGCCGCUACGGGCGGGAAGAUCACACCCUCAUCGUGACUACACGAGGUGGUGGCCUGAUUAUAAAGAUCCUGAAGCGAACAGCAGUGUUUGUGGAGGGGGGAGGUGAAGCAGGUCCCCCACCAGCCCAGGCCAUGAAACUCAACAUGCCCCGAAAGACCCGGCUUUAUGUGGAUCAGACACUGCGAGAGCGGGAAGCCGGCACCGCCAUGCACCGGACCUUCCAGGCAGACCUCUACCUGCUGCGCCUCCGGGCCGCCCGUGCCUACGCUCAGGCCCUCGAGUCCAGCCUGAGCCCCGUGUCUGCGACGGCGCGGGAGCCACUCAAGCUGCACGCUGUGGUUCAGGGCCUGGGCCCCACCUUUAAGCUCACCCUUCACCUGCAGAACACCUCAACAGCCCGACCCAUCCUGGGGCUGCUGGUCUGCUUCCUGUACAACGAGGGCCUCUAUGCUCUGCCCCGGGCCUUCUUCAAGGUCCCCUUGCUGGUGCCAGGGCUCAACUACCCCCUGGAGACCUUUGUGGAGAGUCUUAGCGACAAGGGCAUCUCAGACAUUAUCAAGGUGCUGGUGCUCCGAGAAGGCCAGAGCGCACCCCUGCUCAGCGCCCACAUCAACAUGCCUGUGAGUGAGGGGCUGGCAGCUGCCUGACGCCUGAGCCCGUGUUAAAGCCCCUGUGGAAUCAGGACCAGGGAGAUCCAGCCCCUUCCACUGAGCCGGGCGGAGUCCACGGCCCCAGGCCCCCUCCGCUGCAGCAGUGUGCUGGGCGACAGCCUUCCUCUCCUCUCCUAGUGCGCCUUUCUCACCACCCUGACCACUGGGUGACCUGUAGCAGCAGGUCAGUGAGUCCCCAGGAGGUUGGGCUCCGUCCUCCUCAGGGAAACCCAGGCAUUGGCCCUUUGGGCACUCUCUUCUCCCCACUUUUCCCCAGAAACCACUCCCAGGUCUGAAGGCAGAGUUCUGAAGUGCUCAAGGUGAGAUGAGGGCAUAGGCCCAGCCUCCUCGUCUGCCGCUUCCCUUAGGCAUGUCACUCUGCUGCUGCUGCUGCAGAAUUGGCUGGGGCCUUGCCCGAGACAAUCAGAGGCUUUUCUUGGGUGAGACUGAGCCCCCUGUUGCUCCCUGGGGUUCCAGAGGCUUGGCUCCUGCCAGCUCAGCUUGCAGGCAAAACACAUGCUCUCUGAUCUCCCCUCGUGAGCUCAGCAGGGGGCCCCGGGAAUAGCUGCCUUCCCACAGGAAGUCUUAGGCUCAGCUAAGGUCUCAGGCCUGUGAUGCUCCAUGAAGAUCACCAAGGGAGAAGCUGCUGCAGAGGGGCAGAGAGUGCCGUGCAGGAGCUAGUGGCCCCAGCCCCCACCAGGCUUCUGAAGACCACACAGCUGCUGCUCCUGGCUUGGAUGCUCGUGCCCAGAAAGCAUCCCAGGAGAGGAAGGCUCAGCUAGACAGAGCAGAGGUGGGGCCGCGGCACACAGCAG